AUGACCGAACGAAUUGGUGAAAGGAACAAAGGUGCCACUGAUGAUAAUAUAAGUCAGCUAAAGCGAUCUGUUACUAAGUUGGCUGAAGGAAUCCAGAAAAUUGGUGUGGUUCUUGGCGCCGCCCAGAGUGACACUAACUCAGCAGGAAAAACACAAGCAUAUCAAGCUGUAAAGUCAAAAUUGAUGGAAGGAAGCACAAAUUCACCUAUUAGUAGCACGCAAUGUACCAAAGAAUCUAAGAAGAGCAUCGACAACCUCAGUACUGAUCAGCGCAUUACUAUGUCUGCAGAAGAAAAAAAAGCACAAAGAGCAAGUAAAGCAGCAGAAAAAAGAGCACGGGCUGAAGCUGCAGCAGCGAAGAAAUCUGCGACGAUAGCGCAAGGUGGUGCAAAAGCUGAGUUAAAAGAUCGAAAACAGCAACUUGAAUGUGUGCGUAAUCAGGAGCUGAAACUUGGGAAAGGUCGCAGUAUUCCCGUAGAAGCCGCAAUAAACGGUUGUGUGAAUCAUUCACAGAAUGAAGUCGCCUCGCAUACUCCAGGAAAGUCAGCGCUCCGCAUCGAUGCAAAACAUCAAACUGCACUUGAAGUCAAAUUUGAUCUUUGCGCCAAUGUUGUGAAGACACCUUCGGACGAGAGUAUAGGGAGUGAUGUUCCCAUCGGGCCGAUCACAGAAUGUCCAGACCCACCAUCUACUGCUCAUAUCCAUCCGGCAUUUCUCAACCUGGCUGUACGUUGUGAACAGGGAAUGAUCGAUGAAGUGGACACGUUGUGUCUAAGCUUCUUAGCUGCUUUCAAGGAGUAUCUAGCUGAUUGGUCAUCACAACGUCAGAAAGAGUUCAAAGAUCUGUCCUCACUGGGUCACGAUUUGGACCUUGCUAUUCGACCACAGGUCGCCCACCUUACACAGGAAAGUCGAUGGCCUCUUCCGUAUGCUCUCGGCAACAUUGUGCGGCAGCUGAAAAAGGAAAUAAUGAAAAUUGGUAGCACUGAUGGAAGUGGGCAUGUUCAAGGGAUUGAAGAUAUCAGGAAAUGGCUGGACGAUUGUGAAGAAGAAUACUUUGGCAGUGCUUAUCGCGCUAUUUCAGGCUACCUUUUAGGUAAAAUGAAGACGGCACCAAACGUUAUCACAUAUGAUUGGUGCCCAUUAGUGAACAAAGUUCUGUUAGACUCUAUAGAAAAUGGAUCCCAAACAGUGUUCACAGUGGUGGACCCGGAAAUUGAGGGUAGAGGACUACGCCACAUCAGAUCAUUUGUGGAACGCAAUAUUCGUUGCCGGUAUACAGACUUAAACUCAUUGGGAGCUGUUAUGAAAAAUGGUUCCAUGGUUCUUCUUGGUUGUGCUGCUGUUCUUUCCAACGGUUGUGUGGUUGCCCCGAAAGGCAGUAUCCUACUCGCCCUUGCUGCGAAAGCAUUUAAUGUGCCUGUACUCAUUGUUUCUCAAACUUUUAAAUUUAUCGAUAAGGUUCAAGCAUGCAGCCGAGUAGCAUUGCUGGGACGCGAGUCACUGGAACUCGUACCGUCAGAUCUUGUUACAGCUAUCGUCACCGAUAUUCGAAUGUUGCCUCCAACGUCAGUCCCAGCAGUUCUUAAAGCCAAGGCGCUGGAUUUGGAAUAA